CAUGGCUGGGGCCCUGGCUGCUGCUGCUCUGUCUCCCGGUGAGCAGGAGUAUCACCGAGGAGGUGCCGGAACACUGCAGUGACAUGAUCACGAACGGACACCUGCAGUUCCUGCAGCAGCUGAUUGACAGUCAGAUGGAGACCUCGUGCCACAUUGCCUUUGAGUUCGUAGACCAGGAGCUGUUGAAAGACCCCGUGUGCUACCUUAAGAAAGCAUUUCUCCUGGUGGAAGACAUAAUGGAGGACACCUUACGGUUCAAAGACAACACCCCCAAUGCCAAUGCCAUCGUGCAGCUCCAGGAGCUGUCUUUGAGGCUGAAGAGCUGUUUCACCAAGGACCAUGAGGAGCAGGAUAAGGCCUGCAUCCGAACUUUCUCUGAGACGCCUCUCCAGCUGCUGGAGAAGAUCAAGAAUAUCUUUAACGAAACAAAGAAUCUCCUGAAAAAGGACUGGAACAUUUUCAGCAAGAACUGCAACGAGAGCUUUGCUAAGUGCUCUAGCCAAGAUGUGGUGACCAAGCCUGAUUGCAACUGCCUGUACCCCAAAGCCAUCCCUAGCAGUGACCUGGCCUCUGUCUCCCCUCAGCAGUCCCUCACCCCCUCCAAGGCCCCUAUGGCCAGCCCGACCUGGACUGACUCUGAGGGGGCGAAGGGCAGCUCCCUCUUGCCCGGUGAGCAACCCCUUCACACAGUGGACCCAGGGAGUACCAAGCAGCGACCACCUAGAAGCACCUGCCAGAGCUUUGAGACGCUGGAGACCCCAGGCGUUGAGGGCAGCCCCCCCGAAGACUCGCCUCAGCCACACCCCUCUGCCAGGGCCCCCCUUCCUGGGGUGGACGACGUUCUUGACUCUGUAUUGGGCACUAACUGGGCCCUGGAAGAGGCCUCCGGAGAGGCUAGUGAGAAGCCUGCGCCGGAAGGGGCAGAGCCUUCGCCCUCCGGCCUGGGAGGGAGCAGUGUCCAGGCAGAGCCAGCCAGCCCCAGCGAUCUCCUCUCAGCAUCCUCUCCACUCCCCGAACUGGCAAAGGGCCAGGAGCCAGCAGAUGUGACUGGCAGCCCCCUGCCCAAGAUGGGCCCCCGGACACCCAGUGGCCAGGCCCAGAAUCUCACCCCUGAGAAGACAGACCAUCCAUCAGCCCUGCCCAGAGACCACCAGGAUUCCACCGGGACCCCCUCACUGCACCCGCAAGGCCGCAGCAGCCCCUCCACUCUUUCUGCUCAGCCACAGCUUCCCAGAAGUCACUCCUGGGGCAAUGUGCUGCCCCUCGGGGAGCUGGAAGGCAAGAGGAGCACCAGGGACCGGAGAAGCCCUGCAGAGCUGGAAGGAGGAUCAGCCAAUGAGCGGGCAGCCUGGCCCCCGGCCCGUUUUAACUCCGUUCCUUUGACUGAUGCAGGCCAUGACAGGCAGCGCGUGCAAGCCUCCGACCUCCAGCUCUCCGGCUUUGCCUUCCGCCUGCUGGUGCCCAGCAUCAUCCUGGUCCUGCUGGCCGUCGGAGGCCUCCUGUUCUACAGGCGGAAGCGGCGGAGCCAUGGAGAACGUCAGGCGGUGGAAGUCCCCAUGGAGCAACCAGAGGGCAGCCCCCUGACCCAGGAUGAGGACAGACAGGUAGAACUGCCGGUAUAGGAGGCUUUCUAAGCCAGGCGCCCAGAACAGUCCAUAGGAGGAGACACUGUGGGGGCCGCCCGCCCCCCCUGCCUAGCCAUUCUCCUGGGAGUGUGGCCUGACCACCUUCAGAGCUCCUGCCUGCCAGAACUAGACCAGAGCAGCCAGGCCACGGUCCUCCGCCCUCGACCCUCAGACCCUGGACUAAGAGAGGGCUGGACAAUGCCCUUUGCGCUGCUGAUAUUUAUCGUGAGCCCUGGAGGUUCACAUCCGCUUGAGGGCCCGGUCCUCCUCCCACCUCUGAGGCAGCACCUGGGGUAGACCCAGAGGCCCGUGCGAUAUGCAAGAGCGGGGUGGGCACUGAGGAACGAGAGAGCCCCUGUGCCCAGAGGACCUGCCUGGUGCCACAGGAUCCCAACACCGACAAGCAGGGACUUGUCUCCAGAGAGAGAAGCCUGAGCACUGGGCGGGACGGCGUGUCUGGAUUUCCCGUAAAGGUGUGCAAGCCAGGAGACGGGAAGAGGAGGCCCCUGGGUCUGCUGGUCGGCACUGACCGCCCAGAGGGCUCUACCCCCUGAGUGCCAAAGUGCCCCUGGCUGGUGCCAGGCUGAGAGGGGAGGCCAGUUCUGCUCUCAGGACCUGCCUGGCUCGGCUGGUGAAUCCGAGGAAGACCAAGACCUGGCCUCUGCCCCGCCUUCCCGCCAGCCCGCCGAAGCUUCUCUGGAGGCCAGCAGAGGCUGCCCACAUGAAGGAAGCCAUUGCACUGUGAAUACUGAACCUGCCUGCUGAACAGCCUGCCCUUCCACGCGGAAGCCAACACCUGCUGCCCGCCUCAGCCUCUCCCCGGCUCCCCGCACUGGGGGCCCAAGCCGGCCUCACCUGUCGAUUGCCAACUGAGGGAGCCCCUAAGCCCUGACCUUCUGCUGACCCGGCCUUUGAUUCCCGGGGUGGGGGACCGGCCAGGGCACCAGCCAGAGCUGGCCUUUAGGCUGUGUUGUCCGGCCAGGUUUCUGCAUCUUGCACUUUGACAUUCCCAAGAGGAGGGAGGGCAGAGACCCAAGGCCACAGGCUGCAGGGUGAGUUCCGACUGAAAGAGGAUCUUGGAAAUGUGGGGCGUGCUCCUGAGGGUGGGAAGGGGUUCUGCACCCCUGACCCGCCAGCCCAGCUCCUUCCCGUGUCCCAGCUACCCCCCAGGUUGUCCUUGUUAGGAGCCACGAGGCUGGGGUGUACCCAGCCCCGCCUGCACAGCCCAGCGCCAUCUUCUCGCCCCUCUCCCCUCCUCCUCCAGCCAGUGGGCAGUGAUUCUUCCAGCUCUCAUCCCACCCCUGAGACCACCCUGACCAGGCGAGCCAGGAUUGGGGCGGGACCAGAAGCAUCCAUCACCUGCUUCCAAGCCCGCCUUGAGGGCCUCAGCUUCCUGAUCAGCCUCUGGCCUCGCUCGGAGCUGGCUGCAGUGACCAGACUGUGCCCUGGGUCCCUCUGUGCUGCUGUGCCCCCCUUUCCUGCCGUGCGGGGCACUCCUGGCUGUGACCUUCCCUUCCUGCCCUGGAAAGUGAGAGUCUCAGGGCGCUGCCUCCCUGCCCUGCUGCUGACAGUUUCAGGAAGGGGAGCAGAGCCCAAGGGGCUCCUUCUUUUAGCCAUAGACUCUAUAUCGGAUGCUAGAAAGUUUGUGUUUAAAAAUGGGAGGGGGAAAAAAAAAGCAGAAAAAGGCAUUAACCCCCACCCCACUCACCCCUUAAAUUGAUAGCAUUUCAGAAGUCCAGAACGGAAUCCAAUCCACUGCAGAAGCUCUUUGUGGGCACUUGGUGGCACAGGAGCAGGAAGGCCCCCCGUUACCUGCACAGGAACCCCAAGAAGGGAUGUUGGCUCACACACUGUGAGAUUUUGUUUUUAUACUUGGAAGUGAUGAAUUAUUUUAUAUAAAUACAUUUAAAUAUCUAUUUAAAAAAUAGGAAGCUGCUUAUAUAUUUAAUAAUAAAAGAAGUGCACAAGUUGCUAUGUGUGACUCA